GAGCGAGGGAGCAGCUGAACGCGCUCCAGUGGGAUCUGUGGCAGGGUGCGGGGGUAUAGGGACGCUCUUUGUAAUUCUGGUGGUGGUGCAUUCAUGAGGACUCGUGAUUAAUAGUAUGUUUUUCAUCUGUCGGAGGAAACCCACGAGGUCACGGGGAGAAUGUUACAAAUUCCGUACAGGCAGCGGCGGAAGUUGAACCCGUAUCGCCUCUAAAGCGCAGUGCUAACGACUACUCUACCCUGCGUUGCAAGUCUGAAUGAGCAGUAAAAAGAAACUGUGACAGCAUGUCCUUUGAAACUGAUGAAACAGAAGAGACAAUAACUUGUCUUCAUAUAAGAGUCUACCAUCCACAGGCUUCAGUGUUUAGGUCCCUGAAUUUCAAUGAGAAACAGAAGCAUCGGGGAGAAGAAUCCAUAAAGUUUGGCCGUGACUCUAAAGUAUGCCAAUUUCCUCUAUUGGACAAACGCGCUUCACGAAUUCAGUUUGUACUACAAUCGUUCCGACAUGCUGAUAGCUCAGAGCUCUGUUUUGAAAUCAAAAAUGCAAGCUUGAGGACUCUACUAUCUGUCAAUGGUAUCGCUUUGGAUCAUCUCAAUAGAAUUGAUUUACCAAACAAGUGUAUUUUGCGAUUUGGUGAAUUCCAAUUCUAUCUUGAAAAAGAGAGUGGAGAAGACAAAGAACAUUUUGAGGUCAAAUUUAAUCUCUCUUUAGUUCCAUUUUGUCAGGAGGGCACUGUGGAGACUCUAUCCCAUCCUGUGACUGAGAGUGGUGUUUUGAAUGUUCCAGUGACCCUGCACCAAUCUCAGUCUGCAGUAGAAACUGAUGAAAAUGAAUUAAUAUCGUAUUAAUGGUAGGCUCUUCAGCUAUCGUGUGAUGUGAGGGAGGUGAGAAAAUAUGGCCCAAGUGUUCAAAAGGGAGUAUUGGGAAACCUCACUAGAAAUCAUCAGGGUUUCCAAAUAGUUGGUAAGUGGGAUAUCAAUAUAUUACUGUACUGGGAAAAUCAAAUAAAAAUCAGAAUAGCAGAAUUUCCCAGUGAUGAAAUAUUUUAAAUCCUACCCCCAUUUUCAUUCUGACAUGCCAGGCCACAAUGAGGCCACUCUCAAGGAGGGGGUACAGCACCUCAUUCUAUAUAGGUAGCCUUCAACCUGGUGGCAUAAACAGUGACUUCUCCUGCUAAUUUCCCCCCUCCCCCUUUCCUCCUCUUCUACUCCCCACUCCAGCCUUUUGCCUCUUCUCCUCACCUGCCUUUCACCUCCCCUGGUGCUGCUCCUCUUUCACCUUCUGCUAUGGUGCAUUCUUCUAUCAGAUUCCUUCUCCAGUCCUCUGCCUUCCACCCACCUGGCUGUGCCUAUCACCGUUUGUUGUCCUCCUCCUCUCCCCCACUUUUUAUUCUGACAUCUUCCCCACCCCGCUUCCUUUCCAGUCCAGAUAAAGGGUCUCAGCCUGAGAUGUUGACUGUUUAUUCAUUUCUACACAUCCUGCCCGGCCUGACCUGACCUUGUGAGUUCCUCUAGCAUUUUGCUGGCAUUGCUCUGGAUUUGCAGCAUCUACUGAAUCUCCUGUGUUUAGAAUAUUAAAUGUUACCUUUAUACAAACAGUGGCGGCAAAAUGUUAAGAUAACAAUAUUAAGGCCUUUGUCAUACAUACACACACAAUGCUGAAGGAACUCAGCAGGUCAGGCAGUAUCCAUGGAAAAGAUAAAGAGUUGAUGUUUUGGGGCAAGACACUUCAUCAGGAUCCUGGUAGGACAGGGAUUUCCAAUUUGUGGUCCAUGGACCCCUCAGCUAAUAGUAGAGGUUCAUGGUAUAAGAAAGCUUGGGGACCCCCGUGGUAGGGGAACAUCAGGGGUAGGGAGAGACCAAUUAAAUGGUCAAGCUGCUGCCAGCAGUCAAUAAGAUCUGAUUGUAAUCUCAACUCUUCAUUUUUAUCUACAUGUUAUAACAAUGUCCCUCCCUACCCCUUGCUUAUUGAGUACCUCUCCAUCUCUGCCUUAAAUAUAAUCAGACUUACUAACAAUGCCUUCAGAGGAAUUUUAAAAAAAGUCUCAUCUGUCUUGACAGUCAAAAAUUACUGCAGAUGCUGGACAUCUGAAAUAAAAGCAGAUGCUGGAAAGUCUUAGUAGACCAGGCAGCAUCUGUAUAAAGAGAGACUGAGUCAAUGGGUUAAAGUGUAUUCAGCUUUUGGUAGUGGUCCUCUGCUUAGGUCAGUGCAUUCCUGACAUUUUUGUCUGCUCAUCGUAGCACAGGAAUUGGGAAUGAGCUGGAGGUUACAGGUUUUCUGACCUCCUUCUGGACUCCAGUAACAGCCAGAAAGUUUUGUCAUACUGAACUGAGGAGCUAGAUACACUCAGUUCAAUGUAAAUUUAUUAUCAAAGUACAUACUGUGUAUGUCACCAUAUACAACCCUGAGAAACACUGGAGGAACUCAGCAGGUCAGGCAGCAUCUAUGGAAAAGAAAACAGUCAACAUUUUGGGCUGAGACACUUCAUCAGGACUGGAAAAAAAUAUGAGCCAGAGUAAGAAAGUGGGCAGAGGGGAGGGGUAAAGUAAAGAGCUGGCAAGUUGAUUGGUGAAAGAGAUAUAGGGCUGGAGAAGGAAGAAUCUGAUAGGAGAGGACAAAGGGCCAUGGCAGAAAGCAGAAGGGGAGUAUCUCCAGAGGGAGGUGAUGGGCAGGUAAGGGGAGAAAUGGGAAUGUGGAAUGGUGAAGUGGGGGGGGGGCAAUUAUCAGAUGCUUGAGAAAUUGACGUUCAUGCCAUCAUGUUGAAGACUACCCAAAUGGAUUAUAGGGUGUUGCUCCUCCAACCUGAGUGUGGUCAACCCGGAGAUUAGUUUUCUUGUGGGCAUACACAGUAAAUCCAAGAAACACAAUAGAAUCAAUGAAAUACCACACCCAACAGGAUGGAGAACCAACCAAUGUACAGAAGGCAACAAGCUGCAAAUAUGAAAGAGAAAAAAAUAAUAAAUAACUAAUAAAUAUUGAGAACAUGAGAUAAACAGUCCUUGAAAGUGAAUCCACUGGUUGUGGGAACAGUUCAGUGAAAGGGCGAUUGAAGUUAUCCCCUUGGCUUCAAGAGCCUGAUGGUUGAAGGGUAAUAACUGUUCCUGAACUGUGUGCAUGUGCGGUCCUGAGCUUCCUGUACCACCAUCCUGAUGGCAGCAAUGAGAAGAGAACAUGGUCUGGGUAGUGGAGUUUCUUAAUGAUGAAUGCUGAUUUCCUGCGACAGCACUCCAUCUGGAUGAGCUUUACCCAUGAUGGACUGGGCCGUAAACAGUACUUUUUGUAGGCUUUUCCAUACCAGGCCGUGACACUAUUCAAUAAACUCUCCACAGCACAUGUAUAGAAGUUGGGCAAAGUUUUAGAUGUCAUGCAAAAUCUUUGUAAUCUACUAAGGAAGUAGAAGUGUGCUUUCUUCAUAAUUGGACUUGUGUGCUGGACCCAAGACACAGAGUAACUUGCCCCUCGGAAUAAUUGCUUAAAUAAUGUAUGUACACUCAGUGACAUGUCCAUUUUUGCUUCAUUGCUAUGAAGUGAAACUCAUUUAUAUAUGAAACUAAUUUAGAAUUCAUCUGCAUUAAUAUCUCCUUUAGCUCAAUUUCCCUUAAAGUCACUUUCUUGAAUAUUCAGGCUCAUAAAUCAUAAUUAAAGCAAGUUGAUUCAAGGACAUAGUGUUCCAGAAACGUGUCAAGUAUAUUCUCAAAAAAAUCUUGCCACCUUUGGAACACAGCCUGUUUCUGCUUUUCCCAGUUUAUGAAAAUUGAAAUGUCUGUAUAUAAUAAAUUACUUUUGCUGCAAACUUCUCUUGUUUUUGCACAUUUGUGUCCUGCUGCAUUAUCACUGGUAAUAGUUAUAAACAAUUUCUAUUCCUUAAUAGCCCAGAGAUAAUGUACAAAUUUUGCUUUGUCAAUGUUCUGAAAUCUAAUAAAUCCACUAAAUUAUA